AUGAAACUGUCAUCUGCCUUCAUUAUCGGGUUUCUUCCUCUGGCUCUAGCCAGGUCGAUUCUGGUCACUUACCCUCAGGACACCCCAGACUCGGUCAUCAAGGACGCGCAGAAAUCCAUCGUAGAAGGCGGUGGUCAUAUCACUCAUGAGUACCGUAAGGGUUUCUCUGCGGAAGCUCCAGACACUGCCAUUCAGAGUCUUUCUACACAGUCCACCAAGUAUAAACCAAUUAUCGAAGGAGAUCAGGUGGUGUCGACCUAUGGUGAUAAAGAUUGCAACAGCAGUUAA